AUGAUGUACCAACAAGGUUGCUUUGCCGGUGGCACGGUUCUCCGAAUUGCCAAUGAUUUAGCGGAGAAUAACAAUGGUGCCCGUGUAUUAGUAGUCUGCUCGGAGAUCACUGCAGUUAUAUUUCAAGGGCCCAACGAAGCCCACAUUGAUAGCCUUAUUGGGCAAGCACUAUUUGGGGAUGGUGCAGCUGCUAUUAUAGUUGGGUCAAGCCCAGUGGCCGGGGUCGAAAAGCCAUUGUUUGUGCUAGUCUCAACAGCCCAAACCAUCAUACCUGACAGUGAAGAUGCCCUCAAGCUACACCUUUGUGAGGCAGGCCUCACAUUCCAUGCCAGUAAGGAUGUGCCAAAUCUCAUAUCAAACAACAUUGAGAAGAGUCUUGUUGAGGCAUUUCAGCCUCUGGGCCUGGGAAUAUCAGAUUGGAGUUCAAUUUUCUGGGCUUUUCACCAGGGUGUAAAAGCCAUUAUUGAUCACGUGGAGUGGAGAAUGGGCCUCAAGCCCGAUAAGAUUCGGGCCGCGAGGCAUGUGCUGAGUGUGUGUGGAAACUUGACAAGUGCUUGUGUGUUGUUCAUACUAGAUGAGCUGAGGAAAGUUUCUGGAGGAUGGGCUCAAGACCACUGGGGAAGGGCUCGAGUGGGGUGUCCUCUUUGGGUUCGGGCCAGGACUCACCAUUGA